GUCAUGGCUCUCUCAAUGUUGGAUUAUAGUCACUUUACUUCUGGGUCUUGGGACAAGCGUGAGAAGUUCGCCCAUGAUCUCCUUGGCAGUUUUGAAAGGACUGGCUUCGCGAAGAUUAGAGCCCAUCCCUUUAGUGCACAGGAAUUGGAAGAGCUCUUCACCUGGAGCCACAAAUUCUUCGACCAGCCAUUGAAUGAGAAAAAUGAAAUUCCCAAUGAACCAGGACCCAGGCCUAUGCGUGGUUACACGCCAUGGAGAGUCGAGGAAGUUGGAAAACUUCACCACGAUCCUAAAAUCAGGAAAAUAAUUGACUCCAAGGAGCACUUCGACCAAGGUCCCCAAUACGAUACAGAGUUCCCCAACAAAUGGCCCACCGCACCUCAGCUAUCAGGCUUUCAGCCCUUCAUGGAGGCAUUUUAUCGCAAGUGCGACAACAUCUGUCUGACCUUGAUAGAGGCACUCGAGGUCGCCUGGGGUAUCGAGGAUGGGUCGCUCGUCGCGCGCUGUGUGCCCAGCUCCACCGAUCUCCGACUGACCCACUAUCCAGCGAUUCCAGUCGAGGAGAUGCAUUCCGAACGUACCAGUCGAAUUGCGCCCCAUACCGACUUUGGACCCAUCACACUCUUAUUCCAAGAUAGCACUGGUGGCCUCGAAAUUGAAGACCGAACAAACCCGGUCCCUAAUUCAUUUGUUCCACUGCCGCCGACUGAUAUAUCCGAAAUGAUCGUCAAUGUCGGGGACACCUUAACCCGGUGGACUAACGGGAAGAUAACCGGCGGUGUUCAUAGAGUCACUACUCCCGAGACAAUGAAGAAUGAAAACGGCCUGAUCAUCCCAUCCCGAAUGUCCAUGGCCUAUCUCUUCAAGGCCGGGCGUAAUGUCUCUGUCGGACCAUUGCCGAAGUUCGUUUCGUCCGCGAUGCCAGCGCAGUAUCCCGACAUGACGGCUCUGGAAUUCCAACGAUGGCGAAACAGCAUUGUCUAC